UGAAAAAUAUGGCAGACUGGAAGGUACCAGUGAGCUUCAACCCAUCCUACCACGCUUUUGCCUAUGGUCUCGUGUACCAACCAGGGGCUGAGCAAAAUCAUCCUAACUUCUCCAGCUGGACAGAGGCCACAUGCAACCCUGGGGUCAGCGCCAGCUACUACUCGCAAGCGCUGCCACAGCAUCAAUCACCAUCCUGGAGUCCGGAACAAAACAAUGCUGGCACGAGCAAUGGCCAAUACCCGGGUUCUGUGGUAUGUCUUGGUGACCCUCACUGCCAUACCCAGAGUGGCCGCCUAUUCAUUUCCAACAAUCGGGCUCCGCAUGAUCCGCAAACGGAGACCGAGCGGCCAAGUAGCGACACUCAGAGGGACUCAGAGACCCACACCUCACCAGAUUAUUUGAGUUCGUCGAACGACCAAGAGGAGUACGAUCCUCAAGCCAACCAUACCACCUGGGUGAGAAGCGAGUUGGAGACAGCCAGUGGAAGCCCAAAUAGCAGUGAGAAUGUCUCCAGUUCUCAUCCAGAGGAGUUUAAAAGUCUACAAGUUAGGGGGAGUGAGGACUGCACCCUGCAGUCAUUGCCCCCUUCUUCCCCAGAGAAAGUGGACAAGAAUAUCCCCAAACAACAAAAAGCUCGAAUUACUUUCUCAACAGGCCAAAUGGAUGCCCUUACUCAUAGGUUUAACAUGCAGAAGUACCUCACCCCUGCUGAGAUGAAGACCCUGGCUGGACUGACUGGGCUUACUUACAAACAGGUAAAAACAUGGUUCCAGAAUCGCAGGAUGAAACUGAAGAGGCACCAGAAAGACGAUAGCUGGGCAUCACUUGGCUACCCCAACCCUGGCUACCCCAACAUGCCACAGCGCCCUCAGUUUCAGGGCGAACCCCAAGCACAGAUCCAGCAGUUUCGAGAGACCAUGUUAAGGAAGCGUUCUCAACAGAACCUGCCUUACUAUGCUGUUGGGUAUCCUCAGCCAUCCUCCCCCCCCCAGCCUCCUGCAAGGCCCCCGGGCAUCUGGCCCCUGCCCCCAGCUGUGACCCACCAUGAGUACCCCAAUGGUUAUAGCACGGUCAGUGCAAACCACCAUACUAGCAUCAACAGUGACGACUGGAAAGUCUUGAGCCCCAUGCACAAGUCUAGCCAAUAA